GAUAUUGUCUUAGCCCCUAAUUUCAACCCUUCUUCUGUGACCCCAAAUCUCAAUGCCUGCGCUGCUGCUCUCCCAGCUGCCGAGCUUUCCAACAUCCUGACACAACUCAACAUUGAGGGCCACACAGCACUGUAUUGGGCAAUCGUGAAUAAUCGGCCACAAGCUCUUUGGGCGUUUAACAAGUUCAUUUCCUGCUAUUCCCUUGUUUGCACGUCCGACUUGCGCAUUGCAUGCAUGAUAACCAGUGACCAUGCAAUGUUUACGCAGCUAAACCUUGGACAUCGUAAACCACUUAUUUGGAUACUAGGAAGUGAACAAAUGCGUUUGAGAGGCCUUUUAGGUUGCCCGCCCGAUGAAAUCCAGGUAAACACAUGCGAUGAACUCACCAACCAGUUCAAUAUUGUUUUUGGAAUCAGGAUGUUCCAAAAACGUCUGCGCACUGCUACUGAAAAUAAGUGGCACUACGAAUUUGUUGCAGGGGGACGCAUAUGGUGGCUGCGCUUUAUCCUGCUACAGCCUAGUAAUGGAUUAUGGAGCGCCGAGAUUGGUCUUUGGGAGCACAGCCAGCCAGCGCGUCUUGACGCUGUACUUUUGAUCGAGGCACACAGCCGGAAACCUGGCCGUGCAACCCCACCUGAAGCGCUGAAAAUUCCAUUAACAUUGACAGGCACAAACUUUCUGGCCCUUGCACCUUGGAAGUAG